AUGUCGUUUUGCAGCUUUGAAUUCCUGAAGAGAAUGCCGAAGAAGCACGCAGUCUCAAGUAAGGUGAGGAAGAGGAAGGGUAAAGAUAUGGAUGAAAUUGUGCGGGAUUUGGAACCGGAGAAGCGACAUCGUCUACUGAACCAGGAGUAUAACCUCGAUUUGCCAGGCCAGCAUUCACUUCAUCCCGUUUCUGCUUUAUACUAA